ACACAUACACACACACACACACACACACACACACACACACCAAAAUGAUUCCUACCAUAAAUGUAGUAAGGAAUGGCUGAAUAGCCACCGAGGAUACCACUAAUUAGAAACCCCAGCGAUGUGAUCACUAUCAAUCCCCAUGGGUCCACGUGUAAUAAAACAGCCAUACGCGUUUGUUCACAUGUUGUUUGUCUUAUCUUUGCGAGCUUGAUACCACGGUAGGAUUUGUUAUAUAACGGAAUCUACUUUUUUUUUUGCCGUUAAUGUUAAACUCACAAACUUUUUCGUUUUUGCAUUGUUGUUCAACCAUACAUUUGGAGUGCGACGGUCUAAUUCGCUGUAGGCCUACUAAUUUAAUUGUCUUGAUAAAGCAAACUUUAAGCACACAUAUAGAACGGUUAUAGAAUAACCCAGAUAUGUGUUGUUUCCAUUCACUUUUACACCGAACGAAACUCACACGCACACACACACCAAUGGCAGCACAAAAGUAUAUGAAGAUAGAAAAUAGGCCAGGCUAAAUAGGUCCGCGACAGUGAUGAGCAUAAAGCUCUUCCCAGUCAAUUCAGCGUCUGAGAAGUUAGGAGAAUGUCCUCUGACAACUGAAAGGGAAAGCUGGGGGACGGAAUAGAGAAAAGAGAGAAGAGGGAGACUGCAUGCGUGCGUGUGUGCCCGUGCGCGUGUGUGUGUCGGAGAGAAGGGAGGGGGUGCGGCGGGUGCAGACACCUUGCAGGGAUAAAAACAAACAGGGCGGACCACCACAGUUCUGUCGAGUUUACUUCAACGUGGAGUCGACACCUGCCACCCUGAGCUCUGUCCGGAGACGCGACCAGUGCGACCAUCUCUCAGCUGUCUUCACACCUCUAUACACGCCGGUUUUUUUUAUUCAAAUAUAUUUUUUACUUGGAAGCGCUUCUUCUGCUCAAGUUAUUCGAUUAUUUUUGUGUCACGCAGUGGUGGCUGUCGGCGCGAAGAAAGCCCUCGCCAUGCCUCGCGGAUUCCUAGUGAAGAGACACCGGCGUUGCCCGGCAUCGUACAGAUCGCGGAGCGUAACCAUAGAGACAGACGCGUCGUGUGACAAUGGCAUCGCAUGGGUCGGGAACGACAACACGCGAGAAGAAAAUACAGAAUCAGCGCUGGUCAAUGAAAAUCCGCCACAGCACCAGGACAGGGCGAUGAUGAGCGUUUUCCCAUUCGCCCCGACAGAGGUAGGCCCGCGCGCUGUUAGCCGCGAGGAUCCCGCGCGAGUCACAGCAGCGUGGAGCCCCCCGCACGUGGAGUCGGCGCGAGAGGCGGAGGGGGAAAGAAGGCGGCGCGCGCAGCUACCGGAGUUCGAGUUCGAGGAGUCGGUGACCGAAGUGGACGUGUUGGCUCCGACCGGUGAUUUCUCGCGCUUUUGCUUACCCGCCGCCCCGACUCGCCACGCGCUGACGUUAACAGAGUCGUACAGCCCCGUCAAACCGGUGGGCACGAGACUGCUGGACGUCCACGAGGAAGACCAAAACAAACUUCUGUUCUCCGGGCGAUACCUGACGACGUCGGCCCCGCUGGGGGCGGAAACACCCACCGGGGUACCGGAGCUGCCGUUCCUGUUGAGUUCCGCGUCGACGUCCGUCUCCAUCGAGAGACUGCUGACUCACCACCGCCUCGCGCCGUGUUACGGUGAGAACCCCGACGACCGCGGGAAAAACGACGCCACCAUGAACACACUGUUCCCGCCGCUGACGUUGAUCAACCACAACAACCAGCAGCAGCAGUUUGCGUUGAAGAAACGCGCUGGGGGGAUAGAGCAUGAGCAGCGCUCUAGCCACCGACCCGCCAAACCUUCCGCGGGCCAGCCCGCCAAAAAAACAAAACUCCACCGGAAGUUAAACUUUGAGGACGAGGUCACGACCUCGCCCGUGUUGGGGCUCCGCAUCAAGAAGGAGUGCCCCGAGUUCAGGAGGCUCCAGCGGGAGAAGUCGUCGCUGUCCACAGUGGAGAACAAGCCGCUCGGCGAGUUCAUCUGCCAGCUGUGUAAGGAGGAGUACCCCGACCCCUUCUCCCUCGCGCAGCACAAGUGCUCGCGGAUCGUGCGCGUGGAGUACCGAUGCCCUGAGUGUGAUAAAGUGUUCAGCUGCCCUGCCAAUCUGGCAUCCCAUCGUCGCUGGCAUAAACCGCGCCCGGUGACCGGCCUGGGCAAAGAGACGACCCAGCAGGGGGCGAAGAACAAGUCCCGGACGACGUCGGAGGGCCGGGGGGGGCUCGUGCAGGACGACCGGCCGCCGACCUUUUUAGAAAUGGAGGGAAAAGAGAACGAACUGUUGCGCGUGAACGGCCAUCCGCACCCCGGCACGCUCUUGAACAACUCUUGCAACUCUUUUCACUCUCAGCUCCACGGCGUGGUCCCGGUAGACGGUGACGGGCUCGCGCCACCCGGGUACGACUCUUCCUCGCGCUACGGGAAUUCGGUCGGAAGCGGAAUGGAGCUACAGCACCAGAGCACGAGAGCGACGGACAGCCCACCCUCGAGCCUCCUACCGGUCAGCAAAAGUCCGAAGGAGCGCGUGGAGCAACCCGCAUCCCCACAACAACUUCCCCCGACCGCGUUCGUCCAGUCGCUCCCCGAAGAGGACAUCUACGAGUGUCAAUACUGCGGGAAAAAGUUCCGGAGACAAGCGUAUUUAAGAAAACAUUUGGCCGCUCACGAGAUGACCGCGCGGGCCUCUUCUUCACCCCCGCUACCGUACGGCUCGGCGCUCGAGGGCCACCACAGACCCAAUCCCAUGUGCGCGUGUCACUUGUGCGGUGCCCGUUUCCCGUCCGUGGAAAUCCGGGACAAACACCGGCUGUGGCACGCGAUGAGGGACGAGUUACUGGGCGCGGGGACGAUGGGAAGCGGGAUCAGAGCCGAAGUUCUGCACGCGCACAGAGAGGACAACGGCCCGGUGGAAUGUGACUCGCCGCCGCAGCAGAUCUUCCCGUGCAAACACUGCCCCUCCACGUUCUACAGUUUCCCGGGACUCACACGACACAUGGCCAAGUUUCACCCAACCGACAGCCGCCAGGUGAUGCUGAUGCAGAUGGCCAUCAGGCCGUGACACGCGCCCGCAGGCCUGCGACAGGCAGAAGCAAAAUGAGGACCGCAUCACAUCAUAACAAAAUAAUGUUGUUAUAUUUUGUGCUCUGUUUACUGUGUGUGUGUGUGUGUGUGUGUGUGUGUGUGUGUGUGUGUGUGUGUGUGUGUGUGUGUGUGUGUGUGUGUGUGUGUGUGUGUGUGUGUGUGUGUGUGUGUGUGUGUGUGACUUAUGGAUAAGUUGGAAGUUUGAUUUAAAUAUGCUAUGAGUGCACUUUUUUUAUCACUGGUCCGGUGGUCAACGUGUCUUCGUCAAACAGCUUGAUUGAAAUAUAUAUCAACACUCAGAUGAAAUGAACAGACAAAAUGUAUCUGAAGAAAGUUCCGUUUUUUUUUUGUUUAUCCCAACGGGUCGGUAUUAAAUUAAAGGAAGAACAGCAGGUACGCUGUCCGUGGUGCUGAAACACAGCGACUGAAACAGGCCGUUCAAGGACUUUUGAGAUACGCCUACUCUGUUCUACUUAUUGUUUUAAAGGGUAAUUUGUUAGCCUAUACGAGUCCGAGGGCAUAUCUUACAGAGAAACAUAUUGAUCCUUUUUUUUUUCUUUUAUUAUAUUCGAUGAUGGAUCAUUGAAUAUAAUUAAAGUCUCAAUCUCAGUCGAAGAUUCGGAGUGUGUCACGAAAUCUGCGUAGCCACGCAGCAUGGCGGACUGCUCCGUAUAAUUGCAUUUUUUAAAGGGAUCUUACUUGUCUGAAGUCGGAGAUGCAAUUCAUAUCUGCAGUCCAUUUCAAAAUCCUUAUUCUACGAUAAAAAAAAAAGAGGAAGAAUUAAUGUGGAACAGCACGAAUUAGCAACAAAUAUUCCAAUGGAAACACUUUUAACACACACCAUGGUCAGUAAUAUGGCAGCCAGUCAAAUUCAGAGCUAGAAAAUUAUAAUUAUACAAUUAUUUUCAGACAGAAAAUAAAUAGUUAAAAAAUAUCAUUGUCUUAGUUUAUUUAUUCCUUGAAAUAAUGCAGGAAAUCUAGUGUGACAAAAAUGUAUUGUGAUUAUUUACUCUAAAGUCUACAAUUUUUUAGGACAAAAUAGAAUGAAUUAAACUGCUAACAGUUGUCACAAUCAGUCUGUUUGCUUGUCCAAUUUAUGAUGUUGAUCUUGAUGUUAAAUUACAUGGAUUUUAAUAA